UCAGGGACUUCUCUUCCCCAGUGCCUCCCAGAGCACCUGAAGAUGUGCCUGGGUGGCUGCGUGGGCACCUCCCUCGCCCGCUCCUUCCACUUCAGCCAGUGCCAGCCUGUUUGUGUUCUGAGCAGGUUCCUUGGGGAGGGCAGCUCUGCAUCUCAGGAGCUUUGCACCUCCCUUCAGUCCAGGUGGGAUCUCCAGAGGGAAGCUACUGGAUGCAGACGUGAGCUCUCUGUCACUCAGAUCUCUGCUUUUCAUCGACCCUGCAAAUCCCGGUGUUUUUAAGGAGCGUUCAUUGGAAAGGUACAACACGGACAUGCUGAGGGCAGUGCUCCUGCUCCACCUGCUCCUGGUGCCCCACAGGCACGGCCACGAGGUGCCCUGGACAUACAAAGGAGAAGGAGAGCUGGACGAGGAGCACUGGGGACAGCACUUCCCAGACUGUGCUGGCAAGCAGCAAUCCCCCAUUGACAUCCAGAGGAGGAAGGUGAGGUACAACCCCCUGCUGCAGCUGGAGCUCGGUGGCUACGAUGGGCCCUUGCAGGGGCAGCUCAGGAUGACCAACAAUGGCCACUCUGUUCAGAUCGACUUGCCACCCACCAUGAACAUCUCCAGAGGGCUCCCAGGUGUCUACACAGCUGUCCAGAUGCACCUGCACUGGGGAGGGCUGGACCUGGAGAGCAGUGGCUCGGAGCACACCAUCGACGGCAUGCGCUACUUCGCCGAGCUGCACAUUGUCCACUACAACUCUGCUAACUACUCCAGCUUUGCAGAAGCCAGAGACAAGCCCCAGGGGCUGGCUGUGCUGGCCUUCCUCUACACGGAUGGGCACUUUGAGAACACCUACUACAGUGAAUUCAUUUCCAAACUGGCAAGGAUCAGGUUUGCAGGUCAGUCCACAACUCUCAGCUCCCUGGACAUCCAAGCCAUGCUGCCAGAAAACCUCUCCCACUUCUACAGGUACAGCUCCCUGACCACCCCCCCGUGCUCCGAGAGCGUCAUCUGGACCAUCUUCCACUCCCCCAUUGUCCUGUCCCACACUCAGGUGCAGCUCCUGGAGAACACCCUGCUGGACUGGCACAACCACACCCUGCGCAACGACUACCGGCACACGCAGCCGCUGCGGGGCCGCGUGGUGGAGGCCUCCUUCCGAGCCCAGCAGGGCCAGGCACAGUGCCAUCCAGAGGAAUUCACCCUCAGGCUGGACCAAAUCCAGAUGCAGCUCCAGGACAUGAAGACAGAGUUGCUGAACGGACUGAGCCACACAGGUACGAAAUCCAGCACCUUUCCAGCUUUCUACUUCCCCGUGGAAAACAUUGAGAGCUUCGUGGAGGUUCAUCCCCUCCGUGCUGUGUCCCUGCGAGCCUUCACGCUGUGCUUCUGGAGCAGAGCCCAGCCCGUGGGCAGCCAGACCAUCCUGUCCUACUCCACUGGGGAGAGCGAGCACGAGCUGGUGGUGACCGUGGGCACAGAGCUGGGGCUCUGGGUAGGAGGGCACUUCCUCAGCUUCCCCCUGCAGCACGGGGCCCAGGGCUGGCUGCACCACUGCGUGACCUGGGCCUCCCCAGAGGGAACGGCCAAGCUCUGGCUCAACGGGGCGGCUGGCAAAGCCAGGAGCAUCCAGAAGGGCUACGUGAGCCGGGCUGGGGGCACACUGCUCCUUGGCAAGGCCAGGGACACUCUGCUGGGCACGUUCUCCAAUGGCUUUGCAGGCUGGAUGAGCCAGGUGAACCUGUGGGGCCGGGUGCUCAGUGCCGCGGAGGUUCGGGCGCUGGCGCUGUGCAAAGCGGGGCAGCCCACGGGGGAUGUCAUAGCCUGGGGACAAACCCCCAUGGCCCUGCAAGGGGGGGUGCUUCUGCAGCCUGACACCAGCUGCCAGUGAGCACUGUUCUGGCUGGCUCCGGGCAUCCAGAGAGUCCAAACUGUUGGCUGGGAAAACUCAGAAAAACUGAGGUGGUUUGCUUGUUUCUCCUCCUGCUUUGUAGGCUCACUCUGCACCUCCUGGUGCUCCAGGGUGUUUUUCCAAGAGACCAAAACCUCUAUCUAUGAGAUAAAAGCAAUGAACUGCAGAAUCUGGCACAGUCCAGCACCCUGAGUUGUUACAUUCCCUCCCAGGGGCUGAUCUAGAUCCCCAUACACAGAUUUGUUUCAUGCCAAAGAGCUGCUCUCUCAAAGGUCAAAGGAGCUGCUUUCUCAAAUAAAAGUUCUCUCCCAUCCCUCA